CCCUGGCUAACCCCUUGUUUUCCUCACCAAAUCACACUCUAAUUACUCUCUCUGUCCCUGCUAAUCUCACUCUCAUACAAACACUUUCUCGUCCGCCAUUUUUCAACUCCGCUUCUCAUGGCAUCAGACAAGAAGAUUAGGAUCGGAAUCAAUGGAUUUGGAAGGAUUGGCCGUUUGGUAGCCAGGGUUGCCCUUCAAAGAAAUGAUGUUGAACUCGUUGCCAUCAAUGAUCCUUUCAUCACCACUGAUUACAUGACAUACAUGUUCAAGUACGACACUGUUCAUGGCCAGUGGAAGCAUUUUGAUCUCAAGGUGAAGGACUCUAAAACCCUUCUCUUUGGUGAGAAGCCCGUCACCAUUUUUGGAAUCAGGAACCCUGAGGAGAUUCCAUGGGGUGAGGCUGGCGCUGAUUUUGUUGUUGAAUCAACUGGUGUGUUCACUGACAAGGAAAAGGCUGCUGCUCACUUGAAGGGUGGUGCUAAGAAGGUUGUCAUUUCUGCCCCUAGCAAGGAUGCACCAAUGUUUGUUGUUGGUGUUAACGAGAAGGAAUACAAAUCAGACCUUAAAAUUGUUUCCAAUGCUAGCUGCACUACCAAUUGCCUUGCUCCCCUAGCCAAGGUUAUCAAUGACCGAUUUGGAAUUGUGGAGGGUCUUAUGACCACUGUUCACGCCAUCACAGCUACUCAGAAGACUGUUGAUGGUCCAUCAAACAAGGACUGGAGGGGUGGAAGAGCUGCUUCCUUCAACAUAAUUCCCAGCAGCACUGGAGCUGCAAAGGCUGUAGGAAAAGUUCUUCCAUCGCUUAAUGGUAAAUUGACUGGAAUGUCUUUCCGAGUCCCUACUGUGGAUGUUUCAGUUGUUGACCUCACUGUCAGGCUGGAGAAGGCUGCAACCUAUGACCAGAUCAAAGCUGCUAUCAAGGAGGAAUCAGAGGGCAAAUUGAAGGGGAUUUUGGGUUACACUGAAGAUGAUGUGGUGUCUACUGACUUUGUUGGCGAUAGCAGGUCUAGCAUAUUUGAUGCUAAGGCAGGAAUUUCAUUGAACAACAACUUCGUGAAACUUGUUUCGUGGUAUGACAACGAAUGGGGUUACAGCACCCGUGUUGUUGAUUUGAUUGUCCACAUUGCAUCUGUGGCUUGAGGCUGAGCUUGGAUUGUGCAUCAUUACACCAUUCUAAAUUUUCUCAGUCAAGGUUAUUUUGGUGUAAAUUCGGAAGUGUGUUUCGGAAUAAAUACUUGUGUUAUCGUGAGUGAUAUCAGUGACACAAAGUGCCUAGUCUUUUUUGUUUUUCUUGUUCGUGUCAGUACAGGGCCUUAGGUUUUUUCUCCUCUUGUUUAAGAGAUGGAUGGAACAAUUUUAUUUCAUUAUCAUAAUCAUCUCAAUAUAAGCAAUACUUUGU